AUGUAUCGGCGUCGUGACGUCACAGGCACCCCCCAAACCUCGCGGAGGGGCUCCCGCGCUCCGCGUGACGUCACGGUACUGCCCCAUGACGUCACGACGGUGACGUCACGGCCGUUACCGGUGCCCCGGCUCGUCGCGCUGCGCCUGCGUCUGGAUGGUGGGCGCCAUCUUCGCACCGCCACUUCCGGCGCGCUCCCAGCGACGUCACUGCCCGCCGCGCCGCCCGCCGGAAGUGGAGCGGCCCCGGGGACGACAAUGGCGGCGCCGCCGCCUCAGCCUGGGCCCGGCCCUGGGCCUCCCCCCGCUCCUCCCGCGGGGCCGCCCGGAGCGGGAGCGGGACCCGCAGCGGCGGCAGGAGCGGGGCCGGGCCCCCCCCCAACGGUCGGGGCCGCUCCGGGCCCCGCGCUCCCCGCGCAGGCCGCGCAGGCGCAGCAGGACUUCGAGCCCGUGCAGCGCUUCCGGGUCCUGCUGCCGCAGCUGAAGGAGAGCCUGCAGAGCCUGAUGAAGGUGGCGGCGCAAAACCUGGUGCAGAACUGCAGCAUCGACAGCGGCCAGAAGAGCGCGGACGGGGCCCUGCAGCGCUUCGACAAGAGCCUGGAGGAGUUUUAUGCUCUCUGUGACCAACUGGAGCUGUGCCUGCGCCUGGCCCACGAGUGCCUCUCCCAGAGCUUCGACAGCGCCAAACACGCCCCCGCCCUGGUCCCGGCGGCCCCCAAGGGCGAGGGGGGGGGUGGUCCCGGGGAGCCCCCCCUGCCCUACACCCAGUACCUGCCCCUCAUCAAGGCCCAGAUCGGGGGGGCCAAGGACAUCCACAACGCCCUCCUCGAGGGGGCCAACAAGAUCACGGGCAAGCUGCCCCCCCCGGGGGGGCCCUGAGGGACCGGGACCCCCGGGGACGGCCCGAAACACGGCUGGGGAGGGGCGGGGGGGUUAAAGGGGGUUUUGGGGUGGGUUGGGCUCUGGGAGAGGCACUCGUGGGGCUGGGGCUGCGGGAGGGGCACGGGGGUUCACCCUGGGGGUCCCCAAGGGGGUCAGGACAGGAGGGCUUUGGGGGGGUUAAGGAGGGGUUUCUGGGGUUUGGGGGGUCUGGGCGGGAGUUGGGUGUGCUACUGGGGGGCCCUGGUGUUGGUUGGGGGUCUGAAGGGGUUGGGGGGGCUUCAGAGGGAUCUUGGACCCCCCCAGAGGGAGUUUUGGGGGGUUAAAGGCAGAAACUGAGGGGGGUCCUGGGAGGUCUGAGUUUGGGAGGGGGUUUGGGGUCUGACCCCUGUUCUGAGGGGGGGCUGUUUUUGGGGUUUGACUGGGGGGGUGAUUUUGAGGGGUCUCCACGGGGGUCCUGGACACCCCCCAAGCCCCCCUGGGAGUCUCCAGGGGUGUCGAGGGGGUCUGAGUGUGUCCAAGGGGGUCCCAAUGAUGGGUUUGGGGGGUGACCCUCUGGGGAGGGGAUAACUGGGGGGAUAAUGGGUAAUUUUGGGAUGGAGCCCCAAGUUUUGGGGUGAAACUCUUAUGUUUUGUUAAAUAAAUAGAUUUUUUUGUGA